AUGUACUGCAUUCUAUCCAGAUCCAUCGCACCUCCGCGCACCGUCGCUUCGCUGAAGAGGCACAUCUGCCGGAUUGAAGGAUUUGAACCUUCUGGAAGUGACAUCUCGUACAAAUUGUACUCGUCGCUCUCGGAGAAGGUCCCCUUGGAACACUCCACUCAUCUCUCGAGGCUGCGAGGAGACCGUGGUCCGGGAUCAUCUGAAACUGAUCCAAUGGCCCUGAUGAUUGAGAUGUCGGCAGUUGAAAAACGUUCAACGGCGGCGAGUACGCUGGACCCGAAAACACUACCUGAAUGGAGUGAUGAACCACGCUACGUCUAUUAUCGCGUCUAUGAUCAAGAUGGUGACGUCGCUUCGAAAACAUCCUUCAAUAAGGUCGACCUUUCUUUGGGUCGCCUCGAUACUCUCUCCAUCCCUCCGCCUCACAACGUUUCUUCUUUAAGGUCCCGCCUCCUUCAAGCGGAAGAGGCUUCGAACCAAGUUGUUCAAAUAUUCGAGGAUGAUUGCGGGGAGACUAUUAUGAACGAUGCUGAUGCUUUACCACUAUCUUCUGCUGAUUAUCCCGGAAUCAAGGAAGAUGAACCGAUAGCAGUUGUAUACCAAGGGGAGAAGAGUGCCAGCACAUCACAGCCCAAGAUUUCUGCGUUACCUCAGCCUCCUCCAGGUUUUUCGAAACAAAUCAAACUACUCCCUGGAUGCGAUUGGAAGAGUCCUGAUCCCGCGUGGCACGAUCUAACUGUUGGGGAGAUUUUUCAGACGAAUGGAGUAGUAAGGACACAGACCUUACACAUGGCUCCAUCAGUCCAAGAACGCCCAUGCUACAUGGCAAAAAACUCGGCUGGAAAACAAGCCCUUGUCAUCUCCGGUUAG